AUGGAAGAUCAACGCGUCUUGGAGAUUUCUAACCUCCUAGAAAAUCAAGACCAGACGAUUUCAUGGAUAGAAAGCCAGUCUUCCGAGAUCCAAGCAAAACAUGCUGAGACAGGGAUCUUGCGGCUCUUGGGGGAAGCCGGCCAGCCCAAAUCUUCAUCUGGAAAUGCCUGUGUGAGACUCUGCAGUUUUGUGGAGCGCUGCUCUAAGGCGAAGUCGCAGUCACUGCGUGACUGGGCAUUCUCGCGAGAUGUGACAGAGAAGCUCUUCACCUUUUAUACUGAGUGGAAUGAGUCGGACCAACAUCGUUCCAUGAAACUCGUUCUGGAUCUUAUUGUGAAACUCAUGAAGAAGAACUCCAAACCCGAAACGGCUGUCGAGACGGAGAGAGAGCUCCUAAAGACGCUUGUCUCCAUCGUCGUGGGCACCUCGACCAAGCCUGUCGUCAAGUCAGCCAUCAAGAUCAUUGACCACUUCCUAACCAAGGGAGUUUUCAAUAUUGAUGACUUGAGGGUCACCUACAUCACUUGCCGACCUGAGGCGGGUUCCAGCAAUGAUGAAUAUGAGGUCUGGCGAAAGUUCUUCGUCGAGCUCUUCCAGUGGAUGCGUAUACACUUCAUCUGUCCCACGGCCGGUCGGUGUAUAGUUCUGCUCUAUCGUACUAUUAGAGCGCGUGACUCUGCUCAGUACCCAGAGCUACAGGUUGAGACGUGGAAUCAGUGGCUACUUGACUUCCUCUCGGAAAACCCAUCUCUUCUAGAGUCUGUCAAGAACUAUGUGCUACUUCCCCUUUUCAAGGCCGACCGGUCUGAAGCCCUAAGAUACCUUCACAUGGCGAGCAACCAGAAAGUCAUUGGCACAACCAUGGAUCUGGAAAUGGACAUGACUAUCCUCCUUCAGCUGACGGCUCUGGAAACGGGGAAGCGCGUUGGCCUUGUCGAGGAGCCAGCGCUGAGCAAGGAUGAGGAGGGCAGGUCUGGAGACGAUACAUCCGCUAUUAUACUCGACGAGAAGAUUCUGACAAGGGUCUUGUCCCACCCUGAUCAUGAGGUCCGGUCCUUGGCCCUUUCCCUGCUCAUAUCGUCGCCGUCAACCACCAGACCUUACUCCCUGAGCGCCUUCAGCCUGCUGCAGAAGCACUUGGGUGCAUACUUCGCAGACACGGACGCAAAGUUCCGAGUCGAUGUUGUGACCAAAGCUCGUGAUAUGUUCAAGCGAGUCAGGGGCUCUAUAUGUGUCCUAAAGCGCAGCAUACCGCGAGCGAGAGCAAAGGACCGGAAAAUGAAUACAGCCAUGGGUGAGUUUGAGAGGUCCAGCGAACAGCCGGUGGUGUAUCAGAACAACUUGAUAUCCAUGCCGGAAGCCCAGCUGGUAAACUGUCUCGAGUACCACGAGAAGUUCCUACGUUGGUAUAUCGAGUUCCUCUGCGGAGGGCUGACACCGACUGCUUCGUACCAGCGACACGUCGGCUCCUUGAAGGCCCUCUCUUCCAUUGUACGUAUGGAAGGUCAGGCUUCGAAGACGUGGGAGACGGCAGAUGAUCAGGAGCUUCUAUACGAUCUAUUUGAUGAAACUUGGAUGCGGGCUUUAUUCGACCUGACCAUGGAUCCCUUCGACGAUGUGCGAGACAUGUCGGCAGCGGCGCUGAGGGAAAUCCUGAGCAGCGCAAAGUACCGCCGGUUUACCCUAAAGGUCCCCGGAAGCACUGUAUCCUCCUCAUUGGAACUUCGAGACCUCAUGAACCGUUCAAAAGCGCUAGCCGGACGAACAGCCAGGGCCGACCACGCAGAUGGAGCCGCCAGGGGCGCGCAGUUGGUAUACAAAUUUUUGGCCAGCGGCGACGAACGGCUGUCCUUCUUGUCUGAUUUAGUGGAACAGCUUGAGGGGAAGCUCGCCGUGGCCCAGAAAGACCUUGGACGCGCUGUCCUGGAGGCACCGGUGCAUGGAGACUUUGCUGCUCUGCGAUACAUUUGGCAGGUUGCCUCGGAGACCAAGUUCGAGCAGGCUGAACUGGACUCCGUUAGGGGGCUGCAGUUGAGAAUCAUAGACUGCUGCAGCAGAGUCUGGAAUUCAGUCAAGAGUAUUCUCUGCGAUGACUCGCCCGAGGGCCACUUGCCCCAAGAGCUUGAGGAGGUUGACGGAAUUAACACUAAGGACGUGCUGAGCUACAGCUUCCGUUCGGUACACGAAUCUAGUAACCUUAUGCGGACCGUAGUCCUGACAAUCCGCAACAAAGAUAUGGAAGGGGUGAUAAGCCCGUCAUCCGCUUCUUUUGCGAAGAUUGGAAACCUAUCUUUCAACCAGCUGUCGACGCUCAGACAUCGUGGCGCUUUCACAACAGUCUCGACCACUUUCGCGACUUGCUGCCAGCAGACGAAGUAUCUGGGAUUCGAUGGGGCUUCAAGGGGCGAUGGCCUCCUGGAGGAAUGGUACAAGGGCACAAUGGAAGCAAUCUUCGCUCAGGUCUAUACGACACGCAGAUCUGCUGGAAUCCCAUCCCUGAUGACAGGCAUUCUGUCGGCCAACGCCCCCAACCCUUCGUUUGAGCAGGUUAUGGAGAAGUUGAUGGAGAUUGCCAGCAUGGAGGCGCGUGUACGCGAGAAGGAUGGGACCAACCUGCCGCAGGUGCACGCGUACAACUGCCUCAAAGACAUCUUCAAGAACUCGCUCCUCACGUCAAUGGGAAACAAGUCGGACAAGUACAUUCCGCAAUGCCUGGAACUUGCGGCCAACGGGCUCAAGUGUGAGGUCUGGGCGAUCCGCAACUGCGGCCUUAUCCUCCUCCGAAGCCUGAUUGACUGCCUGUUCGGGUCUAACGAGAGCAAGUCCAUGAUCGAGGCAGGCUGGGACGGCAAGACAAACCGGAUCGCCUACCAUAGGUAUCCCACCAUUCCCGGGGUUCUUGUCAAUCUCCUAAAGUCCGGCCACCGGAUGAUGUCUGCGACUGCCGCGGACCCAGCUGGAGCCGAGUCUGUGUUCCCCUCUCUAGACAUUGUGCGUCGAGCAGGCCCGCCGGACCUCCUUCGCGAUGAACUCCAGGUCCACAUCGCCAAGUAUUUGUCUAGUCCUGUGUGGCAUGUUCGCGAAAUGGCUGCCCGGACCUUGUGCUCCUGUCUCCUGCACCAGCAAUGGCUCGGUGUCAUCAAAGGGAUAUUGCAAGACGCUAUAAACGACACGACACAGAAUUCAAAAAACCACGUGCAUGGUGUGCUUCUGGUCCUCAAGUUUGUGAUUGAGAGGCUUGGUGAGGUUGGACUGGGCUGGCUUAUCAAUAACCUGACAGACCUUGUCUCUAUGCUGAAGGACAGCAAGGUUGACGAAAAGUACGGAUACUGUCCGGAUAUCCUGGCAGCCUACCUCGAGGUAGUCAACAGUAUUUCAGCAUUGAGUCUACGGCAGUCACUCCCCGUUGAGCGCAUCGAUGUGACGCUACCCCAGAGGUGUGGCAGCGCACUGCUGAAGAUCCAGACAGCCACAUACCGGAUCUACACGGCGAUUGGGAGCAUGACUCCCGUUGAGGAGCUCCGAGCCAUCUUCCUAGGCGGGGAUCUUGGUGCCGAUACCAUGGCCACAGCACUCGAGUUGCUUGCUAAGAUUUGGACAGCCUCGACAACGCCCGAUGAAUUGGUUCCCGAGCUGUGCAGCUUCUACAUGGACCUUUGCUGUGGUACCGCCCUGAGUGAGCCAAGGACUGUGGCAGUUGAGAACCUCGCCAGCAUUAUAGAAUGCAGGUUGGCAAAGGGGGAGUUUGACGAUGUAGACUUCUCUCGCCUCACACAACUCUGGGCGACGCUUCCAUUCAGUCCUGUGAACCCCUCACUGUCGAAUGCUGUACUACGCAUCAGCGGAUGCGUGACGGCUAUUCUACAGCGUUCUCAAAAGUUGCCCGCUUCUGGUCUACAAGGGUGGGGUCUGAUGCUGGCCGACGCAGGUCAAGACGACAAGGGCUUUGACACACGUUUUUCUGCUGCCGGAUCACUGCGGACAUUCUUCGCCGCAACAGGUACCUCGUGUACGACGGAAGAGUACCUCCCCGUCCUUAUGGCCCUUUACGACGCUCUCAACGAUGACGACGAUGAGGUUCGCGACGAGGCCGCCGCCGCGGUCAAGAGCCUGAUCGGUGACGCCCUCACCCCUCUCGAGGCCUCAGACCGCCUUGUAACCUGGUUAACAGCAACGUUUGCAUCGUCUGAUGCUAUGAGGGAGACUGUCGUCGCCAGGCUCACAGGCGCCAGGAGCACCACGACCCUCGCCUGGAAACCUGCCAGUGCGCAGCUCGAUGAUGCCCUGACUGUCGACGACUCCCUGUUCGCCGUUGAGGAGCAAAACCUCUUUAUCGACGAGGUCAGGGAGGCCAAGCGCUGGACGUCAGCUUUGGUGUCUAUGGACUGGUCGUCGUCGUCGUCACCGCUGCUCCUCAAAAAGCUCGACUCCUGGCUCCAGGAGGGCCUAGUCCGCCUGCAGAAACUACUAGAGGAUGGCUAUGACAAGGGAUAUGGUCCCUCGGGAUGGGCAUCGAUCCCUCAGCCUUUUGCUGUGUGCUCUCUGGUGCUUCUUGGCUCCGUGACCAUGGUGACUGCCGGCCAUGCCACUUUAGAACUGCGCAAUGCCAUCGACCGUGUCAGCCAAGCCAUGCGCUCCCCUAACAACUAUCUCAACAUAUCGGGGCUUCUUGUUCAACAUUUUAAGACCUUACAUUUGGGCUAG